CGGUCGAUUAUCCUACUCCCUCUAGGAAGGAAGGGCGUCUUCAUUCGCAAUAUACAGCAAGCGAAUUGUCGUAAAUUACUAAACCCUAACCACAAGAUCACUUACCUAUUUUUGAGAAAUCUUAUGUGAGCCGAUUUGUGAACAUUCAAUUGAAAAGUGUUGUACUUAACAAGGUAGAAAGAAAAUGCGAGAAAUCAGGCGGUUACCAGAGUCUGUUCGCCAUUCCGUUCGCUCCGGAAUCAUAUUUUACGACUUGACAAGAGUAGUAGAAGAGCUCAUAUACAACAGCCUUGACGCCUCCGCUACCAAGGUAUCUGUUACUGUUGGAACUGGUAUCUGUUUUGUUAAAGUAGCUGAUAAUGGACAUGGGAUUACAAGAGAAGGACUGGUUUUGUUGGGGGAGAGAUAUGCAACAUCAAAAUUUGAUAACUGGGAUGGUAAAGAUGAUUUUAAUGGAAGCUUUGGCCUUAGAGGAGAAUCUUUAAGCUCAAUGUCUGAUAUUUCCCUACUAGAAAUAGUUACAAGAACACAUGGGAGACCACAUGGUUACAGCAAGGUUAUGAAGGGAUGCAAAUGUUUGUUUCUUGGAAUUGAUGAUAGCAGACAUGACAUAGGCACAACAGUUACUGCUCGUGAUAUAUUUUAUAAUCAACCAGUUCGGCGGAAGCAAGUGGUAUCCAGCCCGAAGAAGGUCCUUCAUUCAGUCAAAAGUUGUGUGCUAAAGAUUGCGCUAGUACAUCCAAGAGUUUGUUUCAGAUUGGUUGCCACCGAAGAUGAUGUUGAACUAUUGGUUUCAAAUCCAUCUUCUUCUCCUUUGUCUCUGUUGACAAGUGCUUUUGGAAACGAGGCUUCCAGUUCUCUUCAUGAAUUGGAUGUUUCUGAUGGUGUGUUGAAGCUUUCUGGAUAUAUAUCUAUUCCUCGUGAUACUAUUUCUGAGAAGGCCUUCCAAUAUGUAUAUAUCAAUUCACGAUACAUUGACAAAGGUCAGAUCCACAAACUGUUAAAUCUCCUGGCCAUGAAUUUCAGCCAUUCAGCUAUUUCAAAGCCUGUGAUUGAGUCACCUAAUGGGAAACGAAAGAGAUCUGAAGCUCAUUUGACAUAUCUUCUGAACUUAAGUUGUCCACCAUCUUGUUAUGAAAUCAAUAUUGAGCCAUCGAAAGCAACUGCUGAAUUCAAGGACUGGUCUCCAAUUCUUUCUUUAAUUGAGAAAGUUGUACCCAAGUUCUGGAGAGAAAUCAUUUAUCAUGAUGAUGCACCCACUUAUGAUUAUAUUUCCAGAAAACGUAAUUCAAGUAUGAGAACCCAUAAUGCAACAGGGGAACAAAGCUUUACUGGAGAACACUCUUCCUCAGAGAGAAUGGGAGAGAUGCAGUAUUUGAGUUCUUCUUUAAGCCUUUUCUCUCCCAAGCUUGGAGUUCUAGACAAAGAGUAUGAUCACAUGACUAGCUGGGAAAAUGAUACUCCCAGUUGGAUGUCUUCAAGAAAUGUAGAACAAUUGGAACAUGAAAGCCAUCGAGGAGUUCAUCAAGCAGUCUAUUCAUUGAAGCCGUAUUGUGAAUUGCAUACCACAUCUAUAAUAGCUGACCAAGAAAGUGACUAUGAGACACAGGAAUUUGAUGAUAGAUUCUUCUCUUCUGAUAAUCAUUUAUUGGGGAAGGGUCGUCUUUGGUGUACCAGAUUGGAGAAUUCUAAACAGAGUGAUGAUGCCAACAUAAGCAAUGUAUUAUCUGAGACUGAGUUGCCCUUUAAGAAUUUUGUGAGUUGUAACAGGGAGAAAACAGUUCAUGAGGAAAUGAGAAAACCUUUCCUAAAGAGCUGCUCCUCACAAAGAGGCCCACAACUUGAUAAAUAUACAUAUUUAAACACUAAUGAAAGUACUGAUGUUCAUGGAUCUAGAGCUAAACGAAAAUGGUUUAACAAUGAGGACUGGAUAGAUCCUAGAAGCUUGGAGGACCUUGAACUUGAUCAGAGGUCUUGUUUUUCGCCAAGGUCUGGGUUGAAUGUUGAUGAAGCUACAACUUUGUAUUCUCCUGAUAUCCAAACUUCUUAUGACAAAGCUCCAGAGAUGAAUUUUGUCUCAAGAAAUUCAUCAAAAUCACGGGAACUUGAUGCAUGUCAUUUAAAAUUGGAUAUUGAUCUUCACUCAGACUCAGAAGAAAGUAUGGAACCAGUUGAGUUUUUUCAUGGUCCCUUUAACUCUCAAUGGCCACAUAUAAUGUUAGAUUCACCGUGCACUACAAAAUCUCAAGAAAUAAGCCACAUUGUUGGGGACAGGACUUUAGAAGUAAGUGUCGAAUGUGAUAAGCGUGCUAGCUCUUGGUUGAGGGUAGAUAACAACUUUCAGGAUUCUGUGCUUUGUUGCAAUGAUGAUGAGACGAACAGGUUGGAUAGAAAAUAUAGUUCAUUGUCAAGAAAAACAAGCCCUUCCUUGAAUUUUGAGAGAUUUCGCCAUAAAGACAAUACAUGUGAUUCUCUCCAACUGCAGAAUCUGGAUAAAGAUAUCUUCCUUGAAUGUUCUGAAUUAUAUGGUCUCAGCUCUGGAAAAUUGUGGAGAAAAGAUGUUGCUAGUAGGCAACUAGAUGGGUCUUGUCUCAUUUCUUCAACAGCAAAUUCCAAAAAGAAUGAAAAUGUAAGAGAUUGUACUCAAUAUGCAAGAAAGAACCCUGUUCAGAAUCGAAGGCAUGGAAGAAGUCUCUCAGCUCCUCCAUCCUAUAGAAGCAAGAAGAAAUUCUUUACCCUGAGUGAUUAUUUCACUAUAGAAGAAGGGAAUGCCAAUAUACAGACAACUCAUGAGGCCAACAAGUUUCCAGAAGCAAGCAAUGUGACGCAAUUGCAAAACAUAUCCAGCAUAGAACAGCACUCGGAACCUAAUUCCAUGGAAGAACCCACUCCAUAUCUUAGGCCAGUUGAUAAGAGAAGACUAAAUGUGGAAGAGGAAAAAUAUGAGGUGGAUGAAGAGUUAAAAAGCUUUCAACAUUAUCAUAGGGAUUCUUCUGAAGAUCCAUUCAAGGAAAUUGAAGAACCGGUUGAUCCUGGUUUGAAGUGGCGCACGGGUUUUCCUCUGAAUACAGAAGGGGAAAAAUCACUAAGGCACGAAGAUCCUAUACUUAAUGUUACCUCUGGAAUCUUGCAUUUAGCUGGUGACUCACUGGUACCUGACUCUAUCAAUAGAAGCAUUCUGGAUAAUGCCAGAGUCCUUCAGCAGGUGGACAAGAAAUUUAUCCCAGUUGUUGGUGGCGAUGUACUUGCUUUAAUUGAUCAGCAUGCUGCUGAUGAAAGAAUCCGCCUGGAAGAUUUACGAGUGAAGGUACUAUCUGGAAAAAUGAAGACAGUGGCCCAUCUGAAUGCAGAGCAAACUUUGGUCUUGCCUGAAAUUGGGUACCAGUUGUUGCAAAAUUAUGCUGAGCAGAUAAAGAAUUGGGGUUGGAUCUGCAAUAUUCAUUCUCAGGAAUCAGAAUCCUUCAAAAAGAGUCUGAAUCUUCUACAUAGGCAGGCGUCAGGUGUCACACUCCUUGCAGUACCUUGUAUAUUGGGAGUCAAAUUAAGUGACGUAGAUCUUCUAGAAUUUCUUCAACAGUUGUCAGAUACAGAUGGAUCGUCAAGUAUACCACCUUCAGUUCAUAGGGUUCUUAAUUCUAAAGCAUGCAGGGGUGCUAUAAUGUUUGGAGAUACAUUGUUGCCUUCAGAAUGUUCCCUGAUUGUUGAAGAACUGAAGCAAACCUCACAAUGUUUCCAAUGCGCACACGGGAGACCGACAACUGUCCCUUUGAUAAACUUAAAGUCAUUGCAUAAACAAAUAUUAGCUAAUAAUCUCGAGCCCGUGAAUGAAGGAGAAAUAUUGUCUUGGCAUGGUUUGCGCAAGCACGAAGUCUGUCUGGAACGUGCAAUUCGUCGCCUUUCUGUUUGUCAGAAAGAUUAAACCAGGGAAAUUACUACUACCAUCUACAGAAGAGAUCAAGAAUAAUGUGAAUAGGUACGCACUGUACUACAACUAAUACAGUUCCUUUCAUUUUUGAUCAAAAUAGAUGCACCCUUUCAAACAAACAUAUAUAAGUGUGUUUGGUAAGAAUUAAGGAAUAUGACUAUUGGUAUAUAUAUGUAUAUACCAUAAGAAACCAAAUAUUUCAGGACGGUAGAGUG